AUGUCUUUUGAUAUCUCCUCUGAUGUUACUACUGUCACUACUCCUACUACUGAGAUUUCUGCACCAAAGGUGGUUUUGGGAACCACGGUAAAGUUAAAUGGCACAAACUAUCUUCUUUGGGCACAUGCCUUUCGUAUUUUCAUUGGUGCUCAGAACAAAUUAAAUCAUCUUCUGGCAUCUCCGCCCCUCACUACAGAUCCUACCUACAGUUCAUGGCUAUCGUCUGAUUAUUGUGUUAUGACUUGGCUUCUAAACAGUAUGGAAGCACAGAUCAGUAGCAGUGUUAUGUUCUUAACCACUGCGAAGGAGAUGUGGGACAGCCUGAAGAUUAUGUACGGGAAUGAGAAGAAUGUUUCCCGUGUAUUUGAGAUCUAUGAGCGACUGUUUGCACUGAAACAGGGAGAUAGAUCAGUUCCUGAGUUCUUUGGUGAGUUGAAGGGACUGAUAGACGAACUGGAGAUGCAUCAGCCUGCAGUAGCUGAUGCAGCGACGCUGUUGGGAUAUCGCCGUGACCUGGCGGUGUCCAAGUUUCUUUCUGGAUUGCACCCUACCUUACAGUCCCAGGUGAGGGGACAGAUAUUGGGUGGAGAUACCGUUCCUUCACUAACUGCUACAUUCUCCAGAGUUAUGCAGGUCUCUACUGGUGUUACUUCUACCACUGCACCGUCUCCACCUUCAGUUCAUCAGUCUGCCAUGUUCUCUAGUCGAGGCAGAGGCCGCGGUCGUGGUCGUGGUCGUGGUCGUGAGUCUGUGGGAGGACGUGGCUCCUUUAGUGGGCGACAUGGUGAUUCUGAUAGGGGUUCACGUCAGUGUAGUCACUGUGGGAGGACCAAUCAUGUUUCUGAGAAGUGCUGGGAAAAGUUUGGUCGUCCUCAGUGGGCUCAGGUCGCUGACGCCGAGUCGACUCGCACGUCUAUUUCUGCUACUACUUCUGGUGGUCCAGCUGCUACUGCUACCACUGUUCAGAUUUCUCAGGCAGAUUAUGAGCGAUUACGCCAGCUAGAGCUCUCUCAGAACAGUCAUUCUGCUACUCAUGCAUCCUCUUCAGGACCUAGCAACUGGAUGACGAUUGGUUCGGGGCAUGAGAGAGGAGGUAUGUACUAUUUGGACCAUAGUGUGUCAGAUACUGGUCUUGUUGCAUCACAGCCUGACUCUACCUACUGUGGCCACUGGCGUCUAGGUCAUCCUUCACUGCAAAAGCUUAGAUCGGUAGUUUCUAUUCAGCUUCUGUUUCUUAUCAUUAGGUUGUGA